AUGGCGGCCCCGAGCUCGAAGACGGUCACAGACCUCAACGGAACUUGGGUUCUUGAGCUGACGAUCCCGAAGCAAGGCAUGUCCUGGAUCAAUCGCAAAGUGCUGUCUCUGGGCCGGAUCACCCUCCGGAUGACGCAGAAGAGGAAGGAAUCCAUCCCCUCCUCUGCAGCCAUCGAAGGCUACGGCGGCGGGAUAUACGAAGUGCGACAACUGCAGACGGUCAACCCGGGUGGCUUCACGGCCGAAGACGUGUACCUCCUUGACGGCGAGAUGCGCGAGUCUACGGUGCCGAUCUGGGGCCGUGUCGCAUCGCGACUGAGAAUGUGCGGGUCUCGGACAGAGGUGGAAAACAUCGACAUGUUCAAGGACGGCGGCGGCGGAGAUAAUGCGAGGGCAGCGGAGGGGGCUGUCAUUGAGGAGAAGACGGUCAGCAUCGGGGGAGGCGGGUGGACAAGUAUGCUGGUCUGGGGCUUCGAAGAGGUCGCGGGGGAGAGACGAUUUACGCAGUGCUGCCUCACGGUCAAAGGCGAGACAAGACAGCAGGCCAGUAUUGUCUAUGAUUAUGUUGCGUAG